AUGGCCCUCCUAGUCGAUAAACUGCGCCCUCGGUCUCUUGAUGCCCUCACAUACCACAGGGACCUCUCAGACCGUUUAGCAGCUUUGGCCUCUUCCGCCGACUUCCCCCACCUCCUCUUCUAUGGCCCGUCGGGCGCAGGCAAAAAGACUCGGGUCCUCGCGACGCUGCGGGCCCUGUACGGCAGCGGUGCGGAGAAGAUCAAGAUCGACGCGCGCAUGUUCACGACCAGCUCGAACCGCAAGCUGGAGUUCAACAUCGUGUCGUCGGUGUACCACCUCGAGAUCACGCCCAGCGACGUGGGCUCGUACGACCGCGUGGUGAUCCAGGAUCUGUUGAAGGAGGUCGCGCAGACGCAGCAGAUCGACCUGGCCGCCAAGCAGCGCUUCAAGGUGGUGGUGAUCAACGAGGCGGACGGACUCAGUCGCGACGCACAGGCCGCCUUGCGCCGCACAAUGGAGAAAUACAGCGCCAACGUGCGCCUAAUCCUGGUCGCCAACAGCACCGCCGGUAUCAUCGCGCCCAUCCGCAGUCGUACCCUGCUCGUGCGGGUGGCGGCGCCCACGGAGGCCGAGAUCUGCGACGCGCUGGCCACGGCCGGGCGCAGGGAGAACUGGAAGGUCGACCCGGCGCUGAACGAGCGCAUCGCCCGCGAAUCCGGCCGCAACCUGCGCAAGGCGCUGCUGAUGUUCGAGGCCGUCUACGCCCAGCACCCGGAGCCUGCGGGCCACAAAACACCCAUCCCGCCGCCGGACUGGGAGCUGCUGAUCGAGCAGGUCGCGCGGGACAUCAUCCGCGAGCGCACACCGCAGAUGAUCCUGACCACGCGCGCCAAACUCUACGACCUGCUCACCCACUGCAUCCCCGCCACGCUGAUCCUCAAGACCCUCGCGUGGAAACUCGUCGCCCAGCCCGAGGUCGCCGACGAGCUGAAAUCCGAGGUGGUCAAGUGGGCGGCGUUUUACGAGCACCGCGUCCGCCUGGGCAGCAAGGUCAUCUUCCACCUUGAGGCGUUCGUGGCCAAGUUCAUGCGCAUUUUCGAGGGAUACCUCGUGGGCAUGGACUUCUGA